UCAUUCAUUUUUCGUUGAAAAGUAACCUCUCCGGAUAUUAAUUUUGAUGAUAAAAUUUCUAAAGAACUCGUAAUUACCACCGAAAUUACCACAUUAGUUUGUGAUAGUUAAUGAAGAUCAACAAAAGCUGAUACAUGAUGGCAGACGACAUAGACAUCGAGGAGCACGACAUCCUGGACAACCCUCGCAUCCAGGGCCUGCUGCAGAUCAAGGACGAGCCCAUUGACCUUGACGAGGACCAGUAUGAAGAAUCAGCAGUUUCAUACGACAGCUACGAUCAAUACAAGUACUACACGAAUGAAGAUCAAGAACAAACUAGCUAUAACCAAACAGAUAACCCAGAAGAAUCAGAAAACCAAGAAAACAAUUAUAACCUGGACAACCAAGAAGAUUUAAACCAGGAAUACAACAAUUAUAACCUGGGCGACCAAGAAGAAUUACAUAACCAAGACCUGAACAACCAAGAAGAUCUACAUAACCAAGAGUUAGACAACUUCAGCGUGACAGCAAACCCAGAAGAAUCCGAACACCAAGAGGUUUUCGAAGAGUAUUAUAACGAUGAAGAAUUAGGCGACCAUGAAGAAGAAUUGAUGAACUGUGAAAGCUUCCAAGAAUCUGAAAUUGAGGAACCAGAGGCAGAAGAAUACAUACCAGAUCUUUCAGACGAGAUAUACCAUUACAAGAACAAAAUCAUUCUAGGUACCAAGCCUUGUAAACGACCAAUUAGAGACAUAAACGGUGCGUAUGUGUCUUUAGAAGACUGGAAAGACCGUUUAGAGAAUAGUGACUGCUAUUGCAAGGAGUGUAUGACUCUGUUUGCAACACAAAAUGCAUUAGACGCCCACAAUAUGGUCGCUCAUUCGUUUUUAGUAGCGUUAGACAGCCCCGAAGGUUCCGAAUCUGAAAGCCCCACAGUUGAAGAAAAACCUGAAAACGCCCCCCAAUAUUGUGAACAUUGCAAAACUUAUUUCCCUAGUCAAAUAGCGCUGAUACAGCAUCUCUAUGAUAUUCUACCUAUGAAUACUACGCCUCAACCAACCCCUGUGAAGUACAACGAUUGUACAAGUACUAGUCAACGCAUAGUGUUCUCGUGUAAGCUAUGCAACUCAGCAUAUUUAGAUAUAAGAUGGUUCAAAGUGCACAUGAGAAUGGUGCAUGAUAUGACGGAAGAAGGCAACUACGAAAAAAUGAUUUUUAACGGCGUUUGUAAGAUUUGCAAAGGAAGGUUUACGCAUUUGAAACGGUUUAACAGUCACGUGCGAAUGAUGCAUAUAGAGAGAGACAAUUUCGAGCCAAGAGGUUCGUUGUUAAGGGACUUGUUGGAAAUUCCGAAGGAAAAAGUGAUAUCAAGUGAUACAGAAGAACCAGAAAAAGACCAAAGGAUUCAACACAUAGAGUCAAGUUCGGUUAGCACAGUUUCUAAAGUGAGUGACGAAAAAACUCGGUCUAAAGUGAAGUUUAAGUGUAUUAAGUGUAGGAGCUUCUUUGCUUCGUUGGGAAGCAUAAAACGUCAUCAGAGACGUUUUCACCCGGGUGAGACUACGAUUAAACGUAUAACCUGCAGAAAAGACAUCCAAAAGUUACCCAAAUUAAAAUCGCAAGCUUUAAAUCGUAACAUAGAAAAACCACAACCACAAUUUCCGAUAAAAGUGCCGGAAAAGAUUAAAAUCAACGACAAUUUGGUGCCGAAAAGUUGUGUUUUUAACUGCGACAAAUGUAACAUUAACUUCGUGACGUGUUGGUCCGCGAUUUUACACGUUUCCUGCGUUGAACUCACGAUGAUUUCACGCUACCAAUGCGACGUUUGCUGUAAGCAAUUCCGUCUAAGAGACAUGAAGAUUCACCAAAACCAACAUAAAUACAACGACGCGUUCCGAACAUACCCCAUCACUGGGAAUAUGAACUCAAAAAUGCUGUUUUGGUGUCAAAAGUGCGCGGUGUAUUUCGAAAUCAAAAAGAUUCAGGCGCACACACCCGUUUGUACGGGCACUUCGUCGUCGGUGCGUUGCAAACUGUGCGAUAUAGACGUCAGCGAUAUAUUAUCGCAUAUGAGUAAUCACAGCAAACAUAAAACCAAAGCGGACUUCAUUUUUGUAGACGACGUCUUGCCUGAUGAAGAUUUGACUCCCCAAAAAGUCCCGGAACAAAUGAGUCCACAAAAAGAGAAACUUAAAGACCCAGAAAAGCCCACUCAAAAAAGUCUGAAGCGAAAGCAACAAGAUUCAGAACAUUCGACUCCGACUAAAAUUCCGAAGCUAGACAAAUACGAAUUUAUGUAUUGCGAGAAAUGUCACACCUGCAUGAAAACGUCUCGUGGCUUCCAUUCCACUGGCGAGUGCAAACGGUACACCAGCAAACGGAAUUGCGAAUUCUGCGGCCUUUUGUUCUUUGGGGGAAUCCCUAUGAAUUCACAUGAGGAAUUACAUAAACAAUCAAACGCGAAAUUAAGAGAUUUCACAUUCGUCAACCUAGAAGAUAACAAGCCCAUAGUGCCGCAUAUUCCGGACUAUCCCAAAUGCGAAGAUUGCGAAACGUAUUACUUAGCAAACCAUCAGUGCGGUAGUUCGAAAACUUGCAAGCAUUGCAAGAAAAAGUUCUCCGAAUCCGUGCUCAAAGUGCAUCUACUCCACCAUAAAUAUUUGAAAGAGGAUGCCGAGGUGAACGAAUUGAUUAAAAGAUACGAAACCCUCGCUUCCACUUGGAAUAUACUUUACUUUUGUAAGUCUUGCCAAGUCGCUACAGAUUCAUAUGACGAUGUUGUAGUGCAUUGUCAGAACCAUUAUAACAACAUACACGAUACGGUAACGUUGAGUUGCGACAUUUGUGUCUUGAGGCUGGAAGAAAGUUGUUACAAGCGACACAAGCAGCUUCAUUCACCCAAAAUAACGCGGGACUCAUUCAAAGCUGUGGAAUAUGACUACAAAAACCUACUCAACGAAGACUGGUUGAAGCUCUUUGGCACGCUAUCAGAUGCAGAAGUGCACCAGAUUGUGUCGCGUAGUAUGUAUGUGACGCGCUUUGUGAAAAUGAGACUCAUAUUGAAUGGACCCCCAGAAUUAACUAUAUAUAAAUGUGAGACGUGCAAACUGUACGUCGAUCCGCACUCCAUAUACAACCAUGCGACAACUUGUGCGCCUGCAGAGAAUUUACCACACAGGAAGGCUUUUAGUUGCGAAUUCUGCGCCAUACCCUUUAGUACGCAGAACGCAAGGGACAACCACGAAAAACUGCAUUCGACGCCUAAUAUCACCGCGAAUUCUUUUAGAAUAGUCGCAUUUAACGAUGUAGCAGACAAAGAGUUCAAUAAGAAGUUGCAAGUUGACGCAGAAGCUGCGGAAUUCCAGCCGAAAACGAUUGUUGGCUCCAUCAAAAUUGGGGUAUUCUAUCAAUGCAACAUUUGCAUGUGUUGCUCGUCAAAUGCCGAGCUCAUACUCCGACACAAGUGCUUAACGAGCGAGGAGCUAGUCAAAUGCAAGAAGUGCCAUUUAGACAUACCUGCGGCAGACUUGAAAGACCAUAGGAAGUGGCAUAAGCGGAAUAAGGAUGUAACUAAAAGGCAGAUCAAAAUUGUGGCGAUAGAUAACAAGUGUUUACUCAGAAGGCCGGUCAAAGAUGGCGAAGAAAAGCGACCGGUGUGUAAAUUGCAUCAGUGCAAAAAGUGCAAAGUGUGCUACUCGUUUUGGGUGCCACACCCUACGUGCCUCCCUCGGAAUCAACGAUGUCGUAUAUGCAAAUAUUUGUUCACCCCCAAAAGCUACGCUUUGCAUCGGCUUUGGCACGAAACCUAUAAGGACGCGACUAAAAAUGACAUCGUAGUCGUGCCGUUGUCGCGCAAAACGAGUUCGGAGAGCAAAGAGGAAAGAAAACUAUUCUUAAAAUCGAUAAGCAGAUGCAGAAAAGAGCUGGGAGUUCGCCCGCCUCCCGUAUCUAAAGCCAAAGUUAAACCUAAACCAAUCCCGAAGAAACUAGUGGUAUACCAAUGUCAAUUCUGUAAGCUCUGUUCCACUACGCUAAGCUAUGUCAAGAAUCACGCCUUUUGCUCCAAAAAAUCCUAUCGCAGGACUUGCAAGAUAUGCGAUUUGACGUUCUAUUUCGUCGGAAUAAAGAACCAUAAAGCUUGGCACAUGGAAAACAAAAAACACAACAGACAGUGCAUCAAAGUGGUCCGAUUUAAGAACCAAAAGAUAUUAAAGAGUAAGGAUGAGGUCGUGGUGACGAAACAAAAGAUAUUGAAGAAAGAUGAAAUGGAAUCGACGAAACAAAAGAUAUUGAAGAAAGAUGAAGUGGGAUCGACGAACCAAAAAAUAUUAAUAAGCAAAGAUAAAAUUGAGUCCGCGAAUGAGAAUAUAUUAAAGAGAAAUGACGACGAGUCGACGAAUACAGAAAAUAACAUUGAGUUCAAAAAUCACAAGUAUUGGUGUAAAAAAUGCGGUUCUAGUUCAAAAGCUACGAUCUUUUUAAAUAAACACAAGUGUGCAACGGGCAGAGAGCCUGAAUUCGUUUACUAUAGAUGCGAGAACUGUGAGGUGUGUGUCACUUCCAAUCGGCAUGACAUCUGCACUCCUGUUCAGCAUAUCAGGUCGUGCGCGAAAUGCAAGCUCAAAUUCUCAGUCCACAACCUAUUUGACCAUAUGAAGAAGCACGAUAGACACAAAACCAUGACCCGAGGGAAAAUCACUGUCAUACCAAUAUCGAAAUCCAAGAAUUCGGAAAAUUCUGCCGAAGGGAGUAACAAAUCUGUGGAGAAAGUGUCCACCGUAUACAAAUGCUCGUGCGGUUUACACUUUAUAUCCCAGAAGACUAUAGAAAAACACUUCACCGUGUGUUCUCCGGAUCAUGAUAUACCUGCAGACAAUUGUAGCAAAUGUGGUCUUCUUUUCCCCACAAUACAUCUGGUUAGUCACCUUUGCAACCACCACAGCUAUGGGAAAGGCACCAUUGAGGUUAAAACUAUACCUACCGUUACAUUCUAUAGAUGCGGUUCGUGCAAGUGCUUGUUUAUGAAUGAAUCUCGCGUCUUGAAGCAUAAUAAAUGCUGUGAUCCAAACAAUAUUAAAGGGACUCUAUGCGACGAAUGCGAUUUGGAGUUCCACGCGUCUGAAAUCAAAAAUCACAGGGAGUCGCACAAAACAUCGUCCGAUUUGAGCAAGCCCUGUCGUAUUGUGACUAUCAACGAUACCAAACUUGAUGUGAGCGAGCAAAUGGACGAAUCUGUAGCUAGAGACGCGGAAUAUUCUGAAUCGGAUGCCAAUUUGACAACUGACGAUCCAGUGAUAGCUGACCAAUUAGUUGAUGACGACAAGAAUGUUUACAGGUGUGGUCUUUGCGCCACUCAUUUCUUGAAACGUAACUCGGUGGAGAAGCAUAUCCAGCUAAAAGCUUGCAAACCAGAACGCGCAGUGCCCUGUUCGCACUGCGGUUUACAAUUUAUGCCGCAAUCUCUAUUCAAACACGUUAAAUUACAUCACGAAGUUCAGAAAUUGACUAUUGAAGAUUUAGCUCUAUAUGAAUAUAAUAACGAUUCUGAGAGACGAUUCAAUCGGGUAUCCAGUAAAACAUUCGCCCCCAAAAUUCGAGAAGUAGUGAUAGAUCUUUACAAGUGUCACGUAUGCGGGAUACAUUUCAUGAAAGCAAUGAGCUUGAAAAAUCAUUUAGCGGCUCUCAAUCAUGACAUCAAAAAGUACACAUGCACGUUCUGUGAUUUGCCUUUCAACCACAGCUCGCUUAUGUUACACAAAGAAAAGCAUCAUAAUAGAAUGAUUGCUAACGUUAAAUGUAUAGCAAACAUCAUAAAUGAUAACGAUGAAUUUAGCGAAUCAGUGCAAAACGAUUCCGAACCUGACGAAACGGAAAACGGACUUGAAAAACAAGAAGAAAUUCAACCUCAGGAAUCCAAUGCGUCUGAGAAUGACCGAACGAAAGAAAUAAUUUAUUACAACUGCAAAAAAUGCGACGUCAUUUUUCUAAGCUUAAGAAGAUUGGAUAUGCAUUUUGAGGAUGAACACAGAUGCGUUAGCCUUAAAGAAACUUGCAAAGUUUGCGGUUUGACGAUCACCAGAAACUCUAUGGGAAACCAUAAAGAGCACCACGUUGGUAGAACGUCAGGUGUUUUUUUGAUACAAGACAUUGACGACGAAUCUGAUAGUGUUAACAAGUUGUACAAAUGCUUGGAAUGUGGUUACCACUUCCUGAAUUCGAGGACCGGAGUGGCGCAUAUGGUGAGAGGAGUCCAUGGAGCGAGACCGAUGGCUUGCCCCGAUUGUGGGUUGACUUUCUCCCACGUAGGCCUGAAAAUGCAUCAACGCGUUCACCAUAGGACCCACUCGCUGCGUCUAGAAGAUUUCGUGAUAGAUACUAGUAUUGGGAAGUAUAGGAGGCAUGAGUUUGGGUUUAAUGAUGAUUUACCGCAAAGUAGCUCGGAGAAGAAAAUUAAAACUGACGAUCCAGAGGAUACAGAAGAACAACAGAAUGCAAAAACUACUGCGAGUUCCACAAAACUUUACAAAUGCGGGGCAUGCAACGUUUACUUCCUUACCCAAGCCACUUGCUACAAACACAUCAUUAAGCACACGCCAAUGGACCCCAAAGAAUACAUAGAAUGCAAAUUAUGCAGUUUCCAAUUUAGGAUCGUAUCUCUGAACACUCAUAUCCGAAAACACCAUAAGACAGAUUUUGAGUUUGACAAAGUUUUGAUAGAGGAAUACCGACCUAAGACGGAGGAGGACAAGGUGCCGAAGAUUGAUAUCUAUUACGCUAAAGACAAGGUCCAGUCUCGCUUGAUAAGCACGACUACAGACGAUGCCGUGGUUGAUUCUGCUGAAGUAUCUCAAAGUCAUGCGAUAGAAUUGAGUGACGAUUCGAGGGACACUGUAAUAAUAAGUGAUACUAAUAAUAAAGAAACUAAAACGGAAUUAGAUAGUGAUAAUAAAAAUGUGAUGGUCAAUAUACCUUCUUUGGCUGACGUGAAGGAAUCUAUUGCUGAUUUCAAAGAAUCUUUCGCUGAAGUGAAAGAAGAAAAUGACAGUACUGAUGUUGUUAGAUUACAAACAAAUGAAGGCGUCCGGAAUUCGAAUGAAGGCGCUCGGAAAUCAAAUGAAGGCGGUCGGAAAUCAAAUGAAGGCGCCCGAAAAUCAAAUGAAGGCGUCCGAAAAUCAAAUGAAGGCGCAGGGAAUGUAAAUGAAAAGAACGAUUCGACUGAAAAUGGAUACUCGUGUGCGUAUUGUCCUGAAAAAUUUGUUAGUAGACGAGCGAAAGACUUCCAUGAGGAUUUAGACCAUUUGGACGCGUUGAAAGACUGUCCUAUUUGUAAAAAGAGCUAUCCAGCGUCCAUUUUAAACGAACUUCAUUUACAAAUAACCUGUGGAAUGUUCACCUGCUGUGUUUGCGGGGAGAAGUAUAAUAAUGAUAUGUUACCGCACCAUUCUCACGCAUAAUUAUUAUUUAAUUUUAAGUUUAAAGCGUCAAAAAUGUGCUUUACUUGUUUCUUGAGGCAGAACGAAAGGAACUUUCGGUUAACGUAAAUGCGGGUUACUUUCGCCAUAGAGGGAAACUUACUCAACAAUAAGUAUUGAAAAGCAGACUACUUACAAUCCGAUCGAGCAACUGCGCACCACGCUGGAAUGCGAUUCCCUCGCACUCAUCCGCACACCGCGUUUGCCCCGUCCGUACCAGAGCGGCGAUGUGACGUCACAGCUGCCUGGUGCGCAGUAAACUCGACCGGGUUGUAUCUUGCAUUUUCUUAAGGAUGAAUUUAGGGUGGAAAAUAUAUUGCCAUUGACCUAUUUUAGGGUUCUUUUGACAGCUGUCAGUGUGUGAAGCUAGAUGACAGUCAAAUUGUACGGAAAGCACGCGUCUGACUUAUGUGGGCUCUAUGGCAUUUUGUGCAUAAUAUUAUGUGCUUUACUUAAUUCCUGACUUACAGUAGUGGGCGCCAUCUUGAGAUAAAUAAGUACCUAAAGGUUCGGCCAAACCAACGCGUUCAGUUUGCGUCCGCGUUCGCGUUUCAGACGCAUACCAUAGAAAAAAAUCCGCCAUUUUAAAAUCAGAAACGUCAAAGUGACAAGCGCGAUCUGAUCUGACGCCGCGGCCAAUGACAGGACGCGUCAAAGUGAACACGUUGAUACCGUCUGAUCGCCAUCGCGAACGCAUCUGAACGCUUUGGUUUGGCCGAAGCUUAACUUAGCAGCAACUAAAACAAAUUAGAACUGGUGAACUCACGUUUUAGUGUAUGUCAACCUACAUUAAGUAACUGUCAACUUACAUUUAGUAACUGUCAACCUACAUUAAAUAACUGUCAUCUUACGUUUAGUAACUGUCAACUUAUAAUAAGUAACCGUAUAUUUAUAUUAAGUAACUGUCAACAUUCGUUUAGUAACUGUCUACUUACGUUUAGUAACUGUCUACUUACAUUGUUUGUUUAGUAACUGUCGACUUAUUAUAAGUAACCGUCUACUUACAUUUAGUAACUGUCAACUUAAAUUUUGUAACUGUCAACUGUAAUAAAUGGCAUUUACCCAAAGUAUUAGCCAUAUAAUUAAAUAGUCAUUUACUUCAUGGUUUAUUUAAAGUGAAAAUCUCUAAAAACCUGCUCACUACGAAGUAAGAAAGGGACCUUUUUUAUUAUAAUUAUAAGUUAAUUUAUUAAGUUAUUAAUAAGUGUGUUGAAUUUAAACAACAACUAUGUUGUUAGUUUUUAUCCACAUUGUCUUCGAUGUUGCCAGUAAUGUUGUCGAAUUUAGUAUGUAAAUGUUGCCAUACAUGGCAUUAUUUAUUAAGUUUUAUUGUCACAAAAUUUGUAAAAAAAAACUGAAUGCAAAUAGAAUUAAAGAUAUGCCUGUUAAUUGUCAUAAAAAUAAAUAUGAUAUUGAAAUUAACAAAAACUGUUUUAAAAGAAGUAAGUUUAAAAUUCAAAAUGUAUCAAUUUUCAGUUUGAUACACAACGCCUGUGUUCACAAACGAUGCUUGCUUAGCAAAAGCAAAUCGAACGCACAGCGUUGAAUAGAGCUCUGUGAUUGGUUCGUGUGUCACCCUGUGCGUCCACGCGCACUGUGAGACAUAGUAACAGAGUAAAUACAAAUGAGUAGGUUAUCUUCAUAGAAACGCACCGAGCGCGGUUUGUAUGUAAGCGCGCCAAUACGUAUGCGGCGCGCACGCACACACUGACAAAAUUUAGCGGGGAUUAGCCGAAUUUUGUCAGUGUGUGCGUGCGCGCCGCAUACGUAUUGGCGCGCUCACAUACAAACCGCGCUCGGUGCGUUUCUAUGAAGAUAACCUACUCAUUUGUAUUUAGUCUGUUUGUAUUUACUCUGAUGGCAAUGUUUGUGAAUACGGUCGUAAGAUACUUUCUACCUUUAAAUGAUGAUUACACACAUUUUCAAAUUAAAAUUGUAUAAUUGUUGUUGAGAAAAACAGUCUUAUGAGAUUAAUAUAAUAGUAGGUACGGUGAGCGUCAAAUAGUUCGCGACACGUCUUUGUUACAAUGUUUUCGCGAAUGAAAGAUCCGCUAGAUGGCGGGACGUGGAUGUGGGGUCUGACUGCUGCGUGAUUGGUGGAUUUUGACCUUCGGUUUGUCAUGUUUUGUUUUUGUUCCCCAGUCGAUGAAGCACCUGAUGCCAUGCCCUGAGUGCCCAAGCAACUGCACUCAGGAGGAUUUGAUGAGUGCUACUGACAACGCCACUCUUAUGGCGGAGUUUUGGGCUGACACUGUGUAGGUUUGUUGUCGACAUGAAAAAAAGAAGAAGGUGGAUUUUGACAUAUCUGUCAAUGUCAUGUCAAAAAUAACCAAUAAUGCAGCAUUUGGACCUCGCGUCUACAUAUUGCCAUCUGGCGGAUUUUUCAUUCGCGAAAACCCUAAUUAGAAUAGGUUGUGUUGUCAACUUUCUGACGCUGACUUUACUUUAUUCCUAUUAUUAUUAUGUAGGGUUAGAUAAAAAGUUUAGUAUAUGAGAGCAUUUAAAAAUACCCUAAUAAUUCAUGAAAAGUGAUUUUGUAAAACGAAAUGUACAUAGUAUUUUUGUAUCGAUGUAAAAUAUUAUUAAGUUUGUUAGAUAUAUGGACUGGCAACACUGAUUUGCAACCAAAGCUACCUGUCUCUUUCACACCACUCAAAAAUUAUCUAGCUCUCUUUCUCUAUCUAUAGAGACACUUCUUUUCAGUUUUAUAAUAUCUACCGUUAAUUACCUAAAAAUAUUAGUUGAGGAUGCAAAAAUGGUUGAUUAUUUGUAAAGUCCGGUCGCUGAGCGAAUAGAAUUUCGUCCAAUGACCCCAAGCUACCCAUCCUAUCGCUCGCGUGUAAUGAUAUUGCUGUCGCGCUCGCACACUCACUGCAGCCGCCCGUUGCACAGUCGCGACAGCAAUAUAAUUACGUGCGCGCGAUAAGGAUGGAUAGCUUGGGGUCAUUGGACGAAAUUCUAUCUGCUCGACGACCGGACUUUAGUGAAUAUAGUCGCGUCUUUUAGCAUAGAACGCAUAUAUCUACCUCUUUCACUACAACUCGAUCAAGCUAACUGCGCAUCUCGCUGAGUGCGACUCCCUCGAGCGUCGAUGUGACGUCACGGCAGCCAGGUACGCACUUAACUCGACAGGGGUGUACAAAAAUAUUUUGUAGUUUCUAAAUUCAAUGCUAAAAGUUGCGACUUGCGACUAACCUAGUUUUCGUGACUGUAAAUUUAGUUGAUCGAAACACCUACCGAUACAAGAUGUAUUUAAGAUAUUAAUAAAUGAUUUUUUUACAAAACUA